AUGUCUGAUGAAUACGGAGCAAAUUCUGCCAAAAACGAUACAUUGGUCGACGACAGUGCAUUUGACCAGAAUACGGGAAAGGGAAACGCCGGAAACUAUUCUAAUGAGCGAUCGGACACUACGACCGAAGGGGGCUACGGUGGGGACCCUUUCUCUGACCGCUCACAACGGGGUCUCGUCGAUGCGUCCAUAGACCCGGGUCAAUUCGGAAGAUCCAGCUCGGACUUAUCCAAACAGAAAAACAUAUCUGCGGAACACCGUGAUCCCCUGAAUCCCUAUGGAGAGUCAGGUCCUGGUACGCCUGAUAACGGAGAAUGGCAAAGUCCUCCAGAGGACGCAUCGCGAGUGGCUGAUCGUCGUAGUGAACAAUACGAGAGUGGAAGUGGCUCAGGCAAUGACAUCGGGGCGUAA